AUUGUUCAAGUCGCUUGGUCACUACGAAAAGGCCCAAGGGCAUCUGACAAAAGCACUCGCCAUCAUGAUAGAAACUGGCGUCAAAGAUGGAGAAGCUUCAUGCUACGGAAACUUUGGAAUAUUGUUCAUUUCGCUUGGUCAAUAUGACAAGGCCCGAGAGUAUCUUGAAAAAGCACUCGCUAUUAAAAUAGAAAUUUGCGAUAGAGAUGGAGAAGCUUCAUGCUAUGGAAACCUAGGAUCAUUGUUCAUAUCGCUUGGUCAAUAUGACAACGCCCGAGAGUAUCUGGAGAAAGCACUCGCUAUUAAGAUAGAAACUGGCCAUAGAGAUGGAGUGGCGUCAUGCUACGAAAACUUAGGAUCAUUGUUUAAGUCGCUCGGUCGAUAUGACAAGGCCCGGGAGUAUCUGGUGAAAGCACUCGCUAUCAAGGUAGGAAUUGGUCACAGACAUGGGGAAGCUUCAUGCUACUUAAAACUAGGAACAUUGUAUAAAUGGCUUGGUCAAUUUAGCCAGGCUCGAGAGUAUGUGGAGAAAGCUCUAGAUAUCAAGAUAGAGAUUGGCGAUAGAGCUGGGGAAGGUUUAUGCUACGUAAACCUAGGAACAUUGUUCAAAUUACUUGCUCAAUAUGUCAAGGCCCGAGAGUAUCUGGAGAAAGCACUCGCCAUCGAGAUAGAAAUUGGCGAUAGAGAUGGUGAAGCUUUGUGCUACGAAAACCUAGGAAGACUUUUCUUUUCGCUUGGCGAAAAUUUCAAGGCCCGAGAGUAUCUGGAGAAAGCGCUCGCUAUUAAGAUAGAAAUUUGCGAUAGAGAUGGAGAGGCUUCAUGCUACGUAACCCUAGGAACAUUGUUUACAUCGCUUGGUCAAUACGAGAAGGCCCGAGAAUAUCUGGAGGUAGCACUCGCAAUCAAAAAAGAAAUUGGCAAUAGAGAUGGAGAAGCUUCAUGCUACGUAAACCUAGGAUCAUUGUUCAAAUCACUUAGUCAAUAUGACAAGGCCCUAGAUUAUUUGGAGAAAGCACUCGCUAUCAAGGUAGAAAUUGGCAACAGAGAUGGAGAAGCUUCAUGCUACUUAACCCAAGGAACAUUGUAUAUAUUGCUUGGUCAAUAUGACAAGGCCCAAGGGUGUCUGGAGAAAGCUCUCAAUAUCAAGAUAGCAAUUGGCAACAGAGAUGGUGAAGCUUCAUGCUAUGUAAACCUAGGAACAUUAUUCAAGUCGCUUAGUCAGUACGACAAGGCCCGAGAGUAUCUGAAGAAAGCACUCGCUAUUAAGAUAGAAAUUUGCGAUAGAGAUGGAGAGGCUUCAUGCUAUGUAACCCUAGGAACAUUGUUUACAUCGCUUGGUCAAUACGAGAAGGCCCGAGAAUAUCUGGAGGUAGCACUCGCAAUCAAAAAAGAAAUUGGCAAUAGAGAUGGAGAAGCUUCAUGCUACGUAAACCUAGGAACACUGUUCCACUCCCUUGGUAAAAACUUCAAGGCCCGAGAGUAUGUAAAGAAAGCACUCACUAUCAGGAUAGAAAUUGGCGAUAGAGAUGGAGAAGCUUCAUGCUACGGAGACUUAGGAAUAUUGUUCCAAUCGCUCGGUCAAUAUGUCCAGGCCCGAGAGUAUGUGGAGAAAGCUCUCGCUAUCAAGAUAGAAAUUGGCAACAGAGAAGGAGAAGCUUCAUGCUUCGUUAACCUAGGAAAACUGUUCCACUCGUUUUGUCAAUACGACAAGGCCCGAGGAUAUCUGGCGAAAGCACUCGCUAUUAACAUAGAAAUUGGCCACAGAGAUGGAGAGGCUUCAUGCUACGGAAACUUAGGAUCAUUGUUCAAGUCGCUCGGUCAAUAUGACAAGGCCCGGGAGUAUCUGGAGAAAGCACUCGCUAUCAAGAUAGAAAUUGGCGACAGAGAUGGAGAAGCUUUAAGCCACUUAACACUAGGAACAUUGUACAAAUCACUAGGUCAAUUUAGCCAGGCUCGAGAGUAUGUGGAGAAAGCUCUCGAUAUCAAGAUAGAAAUUGGCAACAGAGAUGGAGAAGCUUCAUACUACGUAAACCUAGGAACAUUGUACAAGUCGCUUGGUCAAUACGACAAGGCCCGAGAGUAUCUUGAGAAAGCACUCGCUAUCGAGAUAGAAAUUGGCAACAAAGACGGAGAAGCUUCAUGCUACGGAAAUCUAGGAACAUUGUUUACAUCGCUUGGUCAAUACGACAAGGCCAGAGAGUAUCUGGAGAAAGCACUCGCAAUCAAAAUAGAAAUUGGCGAUAGAGAUGGAGAAGCUUCAUGCAACGGAAACCUAGGAACACUGUUUCAUUCGCUUGGUAAAAAUUUCAAGGCCCAAGAGUAUCUGGAGAAAGCACUCGCUAUCAAGAUAGAAAUUGGAGAUAAAGACGGAGAAACCUCAUGCUACGGCAACCUAGGAAGAUUGUUACAAUCGAUUGGUCAUUAUGACAGAGCCCAAGAGUAUCUGGAGAAAGCACUCGCUAUCAAGAAAGAAAUUGGCAACAGAGAUGGAGAAGCUCAAUGCUACGGAAACCUGGGAACAUUUUUUCAUUCACUUUGUCAAUAUGACAAGGCUGGAGAGUAUCUGGAGAAAGCACUUGCUAUUAACAUUGAAAUUGGCGAUAGAGAUGGAGAAGCCUCAUGCUACGAAAACCUAGGGGCAUUAUUCUCAUCGCUUGAUCAAUAUGACAAAGCCCGCGAGUAUCUGGAGAAAGCUUUCGCUAUUAACAUAGAAAAUAACAGCAGAGACAAAGAAGCUUCAUGCUAUUUAAAACUGGGAUCAUUGUUCAAAUCGCUUGGCCAAUAUGACAAGGCUCGAGAGCAUCUUGAGAAGUCACUUGCUAUUCGAGUGGAAAUCGGUGGCAUUGAUGGAGAAAUUUUAAGCUAUGGAAACUUGGGAGCAUUUUUUCAGUCUCUGGGUGAAUAUGGUGUGUCUCACGAAUAUCUAGAGAAAGCAUUACACAUUGGAAAGAUAAGUGGCUACCGAAGAUUAGAGGGAGACAUUUAUACAAGCCUAACAGCUUUAUUUCUGUCCAUUGGUAAAUAUGGGAAGGCCGACAAGUAUCUUGAGAAAGCAAUGGCAAUUAAAAAGGAAACCGGUCACAGAACUGGAGAAACAGUUAAUUUAGAACACCUUGGAAGAAUUGCUCAGAAACGUGGUGAAUACAACAAUGCUCAGGAAUAUUACAACAGAGCCCUUGCAAUUAAUAUGGAAAUUGGCAACAGAAAAGGAUUAGUAUUCAAUUAUGCAAAUUUGGGAUCAUGUUUCGAGUCACUUGGUAGCUAUGACAGGGCCGAAGAAUACUUUAAGAAGGCCCUCCGACUAAGUAAGGAGAUUGGGCACAGCUUGAGUGAGUAUCGGUCUCUCUGUUCACUAGUGUUGCUGAAGGCAUCUCAAAUGGAUUUUGAAAAGGCCUCUUCGUACCUUUUUCAAAGCAUUGAAAAAUUUGACUCUGUACGAAGUUCUCUUAAAGACAACGAUCAGCUUAAAAUAUCACUUUUAGAGGCGUACGGCACCUUUCCCAACAAGCUACUCAGUGGGUUACUAUCUUCCACCGAAAAGCCAGAAGACGCUCUUUAUGUCGAGGAGCUGAGACGGGCAAGAUGCCUGGCCGACUUGAUGGCAACUCAGUACUCUGUCACACAGCAGAUAUCUAGCAAUCCCCAAACAUGGUAUGGCAUUCAGAAUAUUAUCACCAAAGGAGACUGUGCAUGCCUGUACAUUUCGGUUGAUAAAAAAUCUGUUCGGUUUUGGAUUCUCAAAGCAAGGAGAGCUAUUCUAUUUUUGGAAAGAGAGGUGUGUCUUGACCCAAGCAAGGUGACAGGAUUAGUCCCUGUCUUAGAUGAGUUUUUCUCAGAAAGCUUCCGCGGCCUUGGCAUUUUACCCGAAGAGAAGUGUGAAGAUCGAUCGUUUGAAGAUACCGACUCAAUGUCGCUUAAUGAUAAAAAUCGCGCACCCAUGCGUGAUGAUGAUGCUGCCAAAGAUAUCAAAACAAAUCUUCACUUGUGUCACAAGAUAAUCAUCGCUCCUGUGGCCGAUUUACUGCAGGAGCCCGAGAUCAUAAUUGUUCCCGAUUCCUGUAUGUACCAAGUCCCAUUUGCAGCCUUAAGUGAAAAAGGGGGCAAGUUCUUAUCAGAGACGGCCAGGAUCCGCAUCGUUCCCUCUUUAACGACUCUUAAGCUCAUUCAGGAGAGCCCCCCAGAGUAUCAUAGUCAGACGGGUGCACUGAUAGUGGGUGACCCUGAGGUUGGAGAGGUGAUUUACAAGGGACGACGAAAGACAAUUUCACAAUUGCCAUGUGCAAGAAAUGAAGCAUCGAUGAUUGGAAGACUUCUUGGCGUAACGCCUCUGAUUGCAGACCGUGCGACAAAAGAGGCUGUACUUGAAGCGAUAAACUCAGUGAGUCUCAUUCAUCUUGCUGCCCAUGGUGAUGCUGAAAGAGGGGAGAUUCUUCUUUGCCCAAAGCACCUUACGCCUUCUUCUAUUCCAAGAGAAGAAGCCUACCUUUUGACGAUGGCGGACAUUUCACAAAUUAAGCUGCGAGCGAAACUGGUGGUACUUAGCUGUUGUCACAGUGCCCGUGGACAGAUUAGAGCCGAGGGAGUUAUCGGAAUCGCUCGAGCGUUCAUAGGAUCCGGUGCUCGCUCGGUGUUAGCGGCACGGUGGGCCCUGGUUGACACAGCCACAGAGCAGUUCAUGAAUUGUUUCUACGAACACUUGUUCCGUGGGGAAAGUGCCAGUGAGUCUCUCCACGAGGCCAGGAAGUGGAUGAGGAAUAACGGCUUUGAAGACGUUUCUAAGUGGGCCUCCUUUAUGUUAAUUGGCGACAACGUGACUUUUGAUUUUGGAGAUUGGUGGGCGUCAACAACACCCGAAGAGCCUGGGGUAAAGUAAACCCCCUGUGUUGGAAAGUACAGGACCUAGGACUGAGCAAACCUCAUAAUUGUCUAUCCCCCCUUUAAAUGAAGAAAUACGUAAGCGAGCUGAACUCGUGGUAUUCAGCCACUGUCACCACAGGACAUUUCUAUGAGAAAGUGUAACAUAUCACAUGGAACAGAACAGUUCACAACGCAGAGUUAAUGAAAGCUAGACCAUGAACAAACUUCGAGAACUUUCUUUUUCGAAAGUGAAUGGUUAAGUGGUCAAGUCAAGCAAAUUUUCCUAAUCUGUCUUUUCGACAGCGAUUACUUAAUAAUGUCAAGCAAAUUGAACGCAAGUUAUUUUCGAAAGUGAUACGCUAAGUAGCCCAAGCCUAGAUUGAAUAGUUUCUUUCGAGAGAGAGGCUCUCCAUUAUACCCCAUUCGUAAAGUUCAAAUGAUAUCUCUGUAACGCCAAACCCAUCAGAAACUUUUUUGUAAACUUAGUCUAAAGGGACCUUAUGUUACCUCAAGUAUGAUGAAAAA